GGGGCCGCCCCGCCGCAGUCGGCCGGCAGCCGGGAGGAGGAGACGGCGGGGCCCGCAGGAAGCAGCGGGGCAGCCCCGCCGAGACGGACGCAGCUCCGCGCCCCGCCGCUCCCGCCGCCGCGGCCCCAUGGCGGCGCCCGCCGCCCCCCGCGCCCCGCCGCGGCCCCGCGCCGCGCUGCUGCGGCUGCGGCUGCUGCUGCUGCUGCUGCUGCUGGCGGCCGCGCUGCUGCCCGCCGCCGCCGCCCCAGAGAAGGACAUGCCAAACAGACCUCUGAGAGUGCGUGCCCAGUCCCCAGAUGGCAGGUUAUCAUUUCGGUGGAAGCCAGCUUAUGGAGCAGGCUUCAGGGGUCCACGCAGCAGAUCCCAAGGUUACCUCCGUGGGUAUGGAGAAAGCGGCCGAAGGAUGAGCUACGCUCCACUGCUGCAAGAGCGACAAAACCAGGAAGCGAAAAAGCUAGCCUCUGAAUCAGUUCAUGUCGUUUCACUGCCAUCAAGGAACUUCCAAGGACGGAGUCAACCUGUAUAUAGGUCAUCUUUAACUAAAAGGAAGGUCACAGAGGAGGAAGAGGUGGAGGUGGCACAAGACAUAAGUGUUCGAGUUAUGUCCUCUCAGUCUGUGCUUGUUGCUUGGACAGACCCACUGUAUGAAAAUCAGAAGAGGGUUGCAGCAAACAGGCAAUAUAAUGUUCGUUAUCGGGAAAAGGGGGAAUCAGCAAGGUGGGAUUACAAGCAGGUGCCUCACCGGCGGGCGCUGGUGGAGAAUCUGAUGCCAGAUACCAUGUAUGAAUUUGCUGUCCAAAUCUUGGAGGGAGAAAAGGAAGGCAAAUGGAGCGUGUCUGUUUACCAGCGGACCCCAGAAGCGGCUCCUGCCAGUGCACCUGAAAAUUUGGAUGUUUGGCCGUUAAAAGGCAAACCGACCUCUGUCGCGGCAUCCUGGGAUGCUCUUCCAGAGAGUGAAGGAAAAGUCAAAGAAUACAUUCUUUCAUACGCCCCGGCUCUCAAGCCAUUUGGAGCAAAGUCCAUCACCUACUCUGGAGCUACAACAUCAGCCAUAAUUGAUGGUCUGCAGUCCGGGGAGCGCUAUAUUUUCAAAAUUCGUGCAGCAAACAGGAGGGGACAAGGUCCUCAGUCUAAAGCCUUCAGUGUUGCCAUCCCAGCAGAUGUUCAUGAGGAUUCAAUUGCUCAGCAACAAGCAAAUAUUCAAGAUAAUUCAAAGGCUAAAAAAACUGGAAACUCUGGUUCAUCUUCUUCUCAAUCUUCAUCUGUUUCUUCGAAAAUCCAGCCAUCACUUUCCUCUAAGCAUUCCUCUGUUCAUUCACCUAGUGUUAGUAAUAAGAAGAGUCUUCUUUCUGAAUAUAAGAAUAAACUGUUGGCUGGAGGAGGAGUCCUGAGUAAAUCUGAGUUACCUUCCAGAGAGUCAGAUGAGCUGGAACCUGAUCUCCAAUCCACCGAAGUGACAGAUGAUCACGAUUCCUCCCAUGAAGCUCCAGCACCACCAAAAGCCCAGGAUCAGAGAAGUGUUGUUAGACCUUUGCCCCCCAGUCGGCCGGUCCACCCUGUCCUUGCUUCAGGGAGGACCCCUGUUCGAACCCAUGCAUCAGAGGGGUCACGACAGACAAGCACAGGUAAACGUGAGCCACUAGCACUGUUACCAUCCUCAACACAACGCUCUUCUGCCUCUUCUGUUCCUAAGUACACAGAUAAUGAAACAAAGCAACUGAGGCAAAGCAACGCUAAUAUUCCUUCUCCUAAAACCUCUUCCCAUGCUCUACCUGCCAAAAAUAAUGAUCUUGCUCGUGGUAGUUCUGUCGAGUAUGACAGUGAAGAAGCAGAGGGCAGAGCAGAACAGUCCAGUUCUAGACUGCAGCAAACGAGGCUUCCCUCAGCCUCCAGUUCUCACAUGUGGGAAGAUUCGAAAUUAGCUGCUGUGGCAGUCUCAUCGAGGUCUGCUGUUUCUGGUCACACUUCACCUCACUCUCGCUCCUUCACUAGUGCCAGAUCUGAUGGAAAGGAUGGUGAUAAGAAUUAUAGUGAGGACUCACAAGAUGAAAAAUCUUUGUCUCCAGCCAUUGCACACAAUCCCACUCUAUCUGCUUCCAGGCAGUCUUCUUCAGCAAUCUAUUCUAAGAAAAGAAAUACUCACACAGAUUCCAAUUCUCACCUCAGAGACCCACACGGUGAAAAGUCACCCCACUCUGACUCAGAAAAGCAUCAAAGUAGAGCAGCUGCUCCAGAAAAGCGUUCUGCUUUUCAAUCUCCUCUUUCCAAACAUAAGCCUGAGGAGCAGGACAGUCGAGAGGUGAAAGAAACUCUUGCUCAGUCAAAGUCAAGUUUGUCUUUGCCUAAAAAGACAUUCCCCUCUCAUCUUCCAUCGCAGAAGAGCUCCCACUCAGAGGCUCCUCAGAGGGCACAAACCAGCCCAUCCUUACUUCAUUCUAGGGGCCGGCGUCUCCCGUCUCCCGUCUCAUCCCAGAAUAAUGAAGAAUUGCAGGAAAAUGAGGAUGAGGAUGGAGCAGAAGAUAGUGACAGAGCAAGCAGCCACUCUGUAUCUCCUAAAGAGGUCUCCACUUCUAGGGGAUUACCUGCCUCUUUCUUUCAGAGAAGCUCAAGUUUGUCCCUAUCAAAGCAACAGCAGCCAGGUUCUCAGGCACCUUCCUACAAAUCAAAACUUACUCAGCCAGACUCCAGUUCUGCCAGCAAUACAGUAAAGGACAACCAGUAUAAUCCAAGGUUGUCAUCCCCUUCUUUGAGACAAACUCGUCCUUCAUUACCUACUCGUUCAAGGGUUGCUACAAGAACAGUGCCCCAAACGGAGAAAAAAUACGGCCUGUUGCCAUCAAAAAUAUCCAAACUUGAACUUCCUCAGAAAGUUCCUUCCUUCUCUUCAUCUAAAUCUCGUCAGUCAGAUUCUAAUGAAGAGGAUGAUUAUUAUAGUGAAUAUGAUCAGAAAGAAUUAGAGGAGAAAUCCACAUCACCUUUGGCAGAAAAAUGGUCACCUUCUGUUUCUAGAGGUGACAAAAACACAUAUGAUGACACUACUAGCAAUAGAAGGAAAUCUAUGGACACUAUUCUACCUCACAAAGUAAGAUCUGAAGAGGAAGAGAAGGAAAAAACUCCAACAUUACAAAUAUCUUCUCCUGAAUCACCAGGCAACUCUGCUAUAGCAUCACGGAUUCCUCACCCCCCUAACAAACAUAGCCCAUCUAAACCAAGCUUUGUUUGGCCACAUUCUUCUGCAUCUACAACCACGCACACUGUUUCUCCAACAGUUUCUUCUUCCACUUUGUCCCCUCGCCAGCGACUACUGAACUCCAGAUUACGGAGCCCUUCCCAACGGCAAUUUGUUAGACCUUCUUAUAGGCAAGGUUAUAAUGGCCGGCCAAAUCUUACAACAAAAAACGGAAAUGGAAAAAUAGUACCUGGUAAUAAUGGAAAACCAAGUGGACAGAGAAUAAUCAAUGGCCCUCAAGGAACAAAGUGGAUUGUAGAUCUUGAUCGAGGGUUAGUGUUAAAUGUUGAAGGAAAAUACCUCCAAGAUUCCCAAGGCAACCCUCUACGAGUGAAAUUAGGAGGAGAUGGACGUACAAUUGUUGAUGAAAAGGGUGCCCCAGUGGUGAGUCCCGAUGGACUGCCUUUGUUUGGUCAUGGCAGAUUUAGUAAACCUGUAGCAAGUGCACAAGAUAAACCAAUAAUAAGCCUUGGAGGGAAACCUCUGAUUGGUCUUGAAAUGAUUAAGAAAACAACCACUCCCUCAACUACUACUACAACAAUGCCCCCAACAACUACUACAACUACCACAACAACUACUACUACAACUACUACAACUACCACCACCACUCCUGAACCAACCACAACUGAACCGCCCACUGAGAAACCACCCCCAACCUGUCCUCCAGGCACCUACGCACAGUAUGAUGAUGAGGGCAGCUUGAUGUUAGGGUUCGAUGGCCUGCCAGAGUGCAAUGCAGAAGUAGAUACAUUCUCAGGACUGGAUUCAGAUGUGACAGCAACUCCGGAGGCAUAUGUAAUAUAUGAUGAUGAUUAUGAGUUGUUUGAGAGCACUUUGCCACCAACCACCACCACCGUCACUACCACCACUACUUCUACAACAACAGAAAUGGAAAUUGUCUAUCCAGAGACCAGUGUUGUUGGUACCAGCCCUGUGUCAGAAUAUGAUAUUGCUGGGAAGAAACGGUUCACUGCUCCUUAUGUGACCUAUCUAAAUAAAGACCCAGCAGCUCCCUGCUCCUUGACAGAGGCUCUAGAGCACUUCCAAGUGGAAAGCCUCGAUGAAAUCAUUCCUAAUGACCUUAAAGAGAAAGAGCUGCGUCCCCUGAAGGCCCCUCACAACAUCACCGUUGUGGCAGUAGAAGGCUGCCAUUCCUUUGUCAUUGUGGACUGGGCCAAACCUGCUCAAGGAGACAUGGUAACAGGCUAUCUGGUUUACAGUGCAUCUUAUGAUGACUUUUUGAAGAAUAAAUGGUCAACCAAGACUGCAGGGACUACUCAUUUGCCAAUUGAGAACCUGAAGCCAAAUACACGUUAUUAUUUUAAAGUCCAAGCAAAGAAUCCCUUUGGUUAUGGACCUGUUAGCUCUUCGGUCUCAUUUAUCACUGAAUCUGACAAUCCCCUCCUCAUUGUCAGACCACCUGGUGGUGAACCUAUCUGGAUCCCAUUCACUUUUAAAUAUGACCCCACUUACUCAGACUGCAGUGGCAAGCAGUAUGUGAAACGAACUUGGUACCGAAAAUUUGUAGGAGUGGUUCUUUGCAACUCUCUAAGGUACAAGAUUUACCUCAGUGAUGACCUGAAAGACACCUUCUAUAGCAUUGGGGACAGCUGGGGAAGGGGCGAGGACCACUGCCAGUUUGUGGAUUCACACAUGGAUGGGAGAACGGGACCUCAGUCAUACAUUGAAGCCCUGCCCACCAUCCGAGGGUAUUACCGGCAGUACCGUCAGGAGCCUGUAUCGUUUGGACGCAUUGGACACACAACACCCUAUUACUAUGUGGGCUGGUAUGAGUGUGGCGUGCCUAUCCCAGGGAAAUGGUAGUGGUCUGCUUUCCCAUCUCAGGCAGGACACACUGACCAUGCUUUUCAGGUGAUUUCUACUAGAGGACUAUGAGAAGCUGAUUCAGAAAAGAGAAAAAAAAAGAGAAAUGAGGCAAACCAGUGAAGACCAGCUGCUCAAGAAACCCCUGUCAAGCCAAACGUGGCCCCACUUUAUCAGCCAAAAUCUGUGGUGCUGCUUGAUUUCUCUACUUGGGAGCAUGGACAGGAUUUAAGUUUGGUGUCCUACCUUCCUUCUCUGGGUCUUUAAGGCACCGAGAGGUGGUUGCGACAUGCGCAACCUGUGAAAACUAAAACUGUAUUAGUCAUGAAAAUUUGGAAAUCUCUUAUAUCUUGCGGGAAUGACCUAAGCAUGCUGUGCUUGCUUAAAGGAAUGCUCAACCCUGCCCCUGACCACCAGCGGCGGGCUCGACUGCUGCCCCAGCUGAGCGCAGUGCUGCAGGGCUCCACUAUGCAGUCAUGCCACCCACCAAAGGCAAUAUAUUCUCCUGAAGACUUACUCUGUGGGUUCACCCAUUGCUGGACUAAACACCAGGUCACAAUGUAAAUUCAGUUUUAUAUAUAUAUAUAUAUCUCUAUAUAAAUACAGUACUGUACAUCUGCAGAAGUACUGCUUAGAGAUGCUGAGAUUUUCAUGUUCACUAGAUAAAUAUGUUCGGAAUUUUUAUGUAAAAGGUGCUGUUAAUUCUUUGAGAUAUUACUAUGCACAAUAUAUUAACCAUGGAAAGAGCUGUAUUCUUCUUGUGAGUACUGUUGAACUAACAUUUGAUUUAUUGAUCAAAGAUCUGUUUCAACUUCCUUGGCAGCCUUUGGACUGGAUGUUCAAUGGGAGUCCAUGCCUCUAGCCUUGUUAGUGUGGCACUGUAUAGUCCAGCAAAAUACUUAUCCAGCAGUUUAUCAGCAUCAGUUAAACUUUCUAUCCUUUACAGUUUAAAAGGUUUAUUGCAACUUUUCUUUGAUCCGUUCUCAUCUUACUGGUAUGUUAUUUAUUCCUUGUCAGUAUCUUUCACUUCACUCUGCAAAGGCAUGGGACAAACAACUUGCAAAUUGGAAACUGGUUUUAACUUAUUUUCCCCCCAGAAAGAAGUCCCAGCCACCAAUUCAACUAGCAGGAAACUCCUUUGACUUUGAUCCACCCUGGGGAUGAACUGGGGUACACUUCCUCCAAGAUACUACAGAAAUCUCUUUCAUCCAAAUCAGAAAGCAAAAGCUGUCUUGGCUGAAGGGCAUAAUGUUGAUCUUAAUCAGGCAUUUGGAUGCUUGCAGUAAUACAACAUUUUAGUAUUCCUUCUGGGCAAUUUAGCAUUUACAGGUUACUCUGUAACUACCAUGGUCUUACCAUGUCCUUGUAACACCUUAGCAAGCUUUGCUCAAGUCAGUGAGAUUCCAGCAUUCUGAUGGUCUGGGAGAAUAGCAGCACACCUGGGGGACAGGUCCAGGCCCUGGUCCACUGACCACUCUCAUUCUAGUGUACGUGCAGUUUAGGACUAAUGUCUUUUGAGUUGCUUCCUGUAGUUAUUGUAAAUUGUAUAGGGAGAAAAGGAAACAAAAUGAUUAAAAGAGCUUUUUAUUUUUCACAGUGAUCUGGGUUUGAACAUUUUAAUUGUUCUCAAAUACUUUUGCUUCAGUACAGUGCCAAAUACAUGGUCUUGAAAUACAACUUUUUUCCCUAAUAAACCUAUGAUACAUGG